GACUCCAUUGUAUCGCAUCAAAAUCAAAUCCGAAACCCUAGAAUUCUAGCUGAAAAUGUCUGGCCGUGGAAAGGGUGGAAAGGGCUUGGGUAAGGGAGGUGCCAAGCGCCACCGGAAGGUUCUCAGAGAUAACAUUCAGGGUAUCACCAAGCCUGCCAUUCGCCGGCUUGCUAGAAGAGGUGGUGUGAAGAGGAUCAGUGGGCUGAUCUAUGAGGAAACCAGAGGGGUUCUUAAGAUCUUCCUUGAGAAUGUGAUUCGCGAUGCUGUGACCUACACUGAACAUGCGAGAAGGAAGACGGUCACCGCCAUGGAUGUGGUUUAUGCUCUCAAGAGGCAGGGAAGGACUCUUUAUGGAUUUGGCGGUUAAUUGUAAUUUCUUAAAAGGUUUGGAUCCAGCGCUAGUGGAUGUAGAUUGUGUUUUUAGAUUGUUUUUAAGGACUCUUGUUUCACUGUUAUCUGCAACUCUCAUUUUCCACAAGUAAUGGAAAUUUGAACUUUGCCCAA